AUGUGCCAAAUGGACAUGAAACUAGCCAGCACGAUCCCUUAUUCAGAAGACAAUAAGGAAAUCAGGCAGUUCGCGCUUCAGUGCCUGACUGGUUUGGAAAGACAGUAUGUUGGUCGGGUUCUUACUGUCUUCUCAUCCCUGCAGUUACUGUCCAGGCUGACCGAGCGGUUCGUGCAGGGCGUGGACAUGUUCGUGGAGACACUGUGGAAACUUUGGAUGGAGCUCUUGGAAGUCCUUGGACUUGAUGUGUCCAACCUGUCACAGUACUUCAGCCCAGCCUCCGUGUCCAACAGUCCAACCCGGGCCCUGGUACUGGUUGGCGUGGUCCUCCUGGCCUACUGGUUCUUGUCUCUGACCUUGGGUUUCACCUUCAGCCUCCUGCACCUGGUAUUUGGUCGAUUCUUCUGGCUCGUCCGUGUCAUCCUGUUCUCCAUGUCCUGUGUGUAUAUUCUGCAUAAGUACGAGGGUGAGCCCGAGCAUGCCGUGCUGCCGCUGUGCCUCGUGGUGGCCGUCUACUUUAUGACGGGGCCCAUGGGCUACUGGAGAGGCAGUCCCGGUGGCCUUGGCAGCCCCAGUGUAGAGGAGAAGCUGGAGCACCUGGAGAACCAGGUGAGACUGCUCAACAUUCGCCUCAACAGGGUGCUGGAGAACCUCGACCGCUCCAAGGACAAGUGAAGGUCAGCUGCCCGGACAUCUAAGGGCACCAGGCAUAGUGAUGUCAAAAGACAACGGAAGAAGAAGAAAAAACCAGCCGGCAGCCAAACCCCAAUCCUCCCAAUAAACUGAGCAAGAAUGCCACACCUGGUAUUUCCCACUGUGUGUCAACCUUAAGACCCACUGGAGGAGAAAGAACUUAUUAGAAUAGAACUUAAUCAGAGUGUUGCUAGUGGGAAAAACAUAUUUUUUGAACAAUGGAUAUACCCCUAUUAACUGUGUAGUUAGAAAAAUUUAUCUGCAUAGAAUAUAAAGUUGAUUUUUCCCCCAACAUUUAAAUCUUUUGUAAGGUUUUUAAAUAAAGGCAGAUCCAGUCAAGUUUA